GUGACAGUCGUCAUUUGUUGUGUACGCUGACUUGAAUUUUUGUGCUGAUUUGUGCUCCAGUUUUUUUCUACUGGAAAUAAUUUUUUUUUGGAAAAAUGACAGACACGAAGGGGGACAAAACGAAGGUCGACCUGGGUCUUCUCGAGGAGGACGACGAGUUCGAGGAAUUUCCAGCUGAAGAUUGGACAGCCAAAGAUGAGGAUAAUGAGGACAUCAGUGUCUGGGAGGAUAAUUGGGAUGAUGAUGAUGUAGAGGAUGAUUUCAAUCAGCAAUUGAGGGCACAACUCGAAAAACAGAAAGGUCAAGCGGAUCAAAACUCCAAGGAAUGAAUUGAAAAAUUUCUAUCUAUAAAUAACAAUUAAUUAAGAUUAAGGAAAUUAAUUUAGAUAUUAAAACAAUUUCUCACUUGGUUUUGAAUCUAUUGUAUUUUUCAUUAGUAUACAUCAUGUCAAAGUCAAUGAACAUUUUGCAAUAACAAAAUCUGGAAUGAUUUCGAUAGCUCUUCAUCACAAAAUCCAUCCUUCGUACUAUUUUUCUAUUCCAACACAUUCGAAAUUGUCUGAAGAAAUAUAAUUUUUCAGUGAUAUGGAUUAUCAAUACAUUUUUAACAAUUAUCAUCAA